AUGUCAGUAUGGGAGCUGCCUAACGGACAUGAUGGUUCUGUUAACUUUCCUAACAUCGACUGGACAACCAACACGGGCGAUCUGUUCAACAACAGCAAUACGGAUGCCGCGAAUAGUCUCCUCAUGACCGAUCCGCGCGAGGUGCGGCGCGCCGAGACGGCCCCGAUGGUCCUGACGAUCAUGGCGGUUGACGGCUCUCUCUGCGUUGGCGGCAUCGAGGAGGAGGUCACCCCUGACGAGGAGUACCGCUACACCGAGGAAUACCAUCGGCUCUACUACUCCAAGACCCCUCGGGAUCCGCGGAUGCUCCCGCCGCUCGCGCGCCGCCGCCCGGUGAAGGGUCCCCCUGUCAGCACUAACUCGAGCACCAUCGUCUCCACUAAUACGAGCGGCGCGGUUGGGGAUGGGAUGGAUACCACCAAGAAGACUUGGAGCGCGAAUGCGGAUAACCCCCCGCCGGUUGAGGCGACGACGACGACGGCGACCACCUCGCGACUCGCGGAGUACAUCGAGGCGUCGCGCCCGGAGUGGGAUUACGCUGCGAUCAAAGGCCACGUCGCGGAGUUCAGCCGUGAUCAGGAUGGUAGUCGCCUUGUGCAGCGGCUGAUUGAGAAGCUAGACAGCCUUGUCGAGAUCGCCAACGAAGUCUUCGCUGACUUCGAGGGGCUGACGACGGACGUUUUUGGCAAUUACGUCGUCCAGAAGCUGUUCGAUAUCGCGUCGCAUGCGGAGCUUCAACGGCCACCAAACCCGGCUAUCGUUGAGGCUCGUUUGUUAGACAAGUUAACAGACCAGAUACGUGGGAAACUCAAAAAGUAUUCCUUCCAAACGUACAGUUGCCGCGCCAUGCAGAGGGCAUUGGAGAAUCUGCGUGAAUCCGACCGCGACGAAAUCAUUCAUGAGCUUGAAGGCUGUGUGAUGGAGAGUGUGUUUGACCAGAAUGCGAGCCACGUGGUGCAAAAAAUCAUCGAGAUAUACCCCUUUAAAUGCCAGUUUUUGGUGGAUGCCUUUUUACCAAACCUAACCGAGCUGGCUUGCCACGCCUACGGCUGCCGUGUUCUGCAGCGCACGUUUGAAAAAUGCCACGAUGUAAAUGGGGUCAACAUUCGGCCGCUGCUAGAGGCUGUCAUCGACCACAUUAACGAAUUCACCAUCCACCAGUACGGCAACUACGUCGUACAGCAUGGAAUGCUGAAUGCGCCAGAGGACCUACGACACCGCAUCGUCAUGCAGCUCAUGCCGCAGAUGUACGCCCUGUCUUGCAGUAAGUUUGCUAGCAACGUGGCGGAGAAGGUGGUGGUGACUGCGAACAGUGAGGAGCGCGACGUACUCAUUACACAUCUCACCAAGUCCCUUAGUGAGAAUCAGGGGGGAAAUUACUUGGUGCAUAUGAUGCAGGAUACGUACGGCAACUACGUUGUGCAGCGCUUCCUCGAGGUCUCGUCGCCCGCCCAGCGCGCUCGCAUUGGAGAGAUUGUGAUGCCGUAUGUGGAUACCAUCAACCAGUCUGUCUACGGUCGUCAUAUGCUGCGUAGAAUCGAGUCGUUGGGCAUUCUUCCACGAGAAUUUCUUCGAAAGCACAGUGCUGAGCCCAACGCCCUCGGAUACGGCGGUACCGGCGUCAACAACGGCACCAAAAGCAACAGUAUCAAGAAUGUCAGCAACCAUAACGGGAGCGGCAAUGAUCUUCGUCAGAAUGUGAACGUCAAUACCCAACGCAACUCGCGUCGGACAAACAAUAACACGACUUCCAACAAGCGGGGUAACGUGAAUCAGCAGGCUACGGCGAGUCUGACUAAUUUGCCGAGUUUGGGGAGUAACAAUAACGUGAUCCCUGUGCCGCAGCUCACAGCGACUUACCCUCCCCAUCCGUUUGUUACUAUGCAGGGCUAUAUGCCGAUGCGUGGGUAUGCGCCUUACACCGCGGAUCCUCAGUGCGCCCCGCUGCAGACGCAGAAGACUGACUUUAUUUCCAAUCCCCCUGUCCAGCCGCCUUUUGGCUACCCCGCCGCCAUGUAUACAGCUACUAACCCUAACGGUUGUGCGCCGCAGGCCUCCUUUUUCGUCAACAGUGGCUACUCCGCUCCGACGCCGCAGGCGUCGUCGCAUCCUCAUGCGCAUUUCAUAGGCCUUCACCCUACCCCUAGCCCCAUUCUCCAGCCUACCGGAGGUCCUGGUCCGAACUCUAACAACGGCAGUCUGACUUAUUAUCCUAAAACAAUGUAUGUUGAUGGCGGCUCCAUGGAUGGCAACUUCAACAACAACGGAAACAUGAACGGCAUGGAUGCCUACCAUAACUUCACACCUUAUCAGCCCAACGUGCCCGGUACGCGGUGGUGUAAAUAG